AAUCCACGCUUCGGUGUUUCGGUGCUUGCCGUUGCUAAGAGACGACAGCGUUGGAUUAUUUUCCUUGUUAGCUACAGUAAUUUAUCCUGAUUGGGAGAUGUGAGACAAGACGGAGAUCUGUAACAAAACAAAAUAAACGAAGCAAUAUUAUUGGAAAGCUAAAACUACUGAAUAGCUUAGAUAAUAUUGUUUAGAUGUCAGAUCUUCCAGCUGCCGCGAGGCAAAGCGUGAUGCCAUCUCCACCAACUGUGGCCAUUGACGAACUGCAUCAGAACUCGGAACCCGAAAAUAUCGUGACUGAUAUGCACAACAGUGAUAGUGACAGUGACACGGACACGGGUACAGGAACAGACAGUAUGUUAGACACAGAUUCCGAAGCAGGGAGUGACUCAGAAGCAAUAAAACACACAGACAGCACUACAUUCCCUUGCCUGACUGAAGCUGACAGCUACUCUGAAGCCUCACAUCCUGACUCAUACAAAUAUACAGAUUCAGACAAAAGCACAGACACGCAGCCCAGAACUGAAGGGGACCUCGUCAUACACUCUGUGUUGGAAUGCAAUUGUGAUGUGAUGGUCUGCCAGUUCAACAAUGAAGGGACUAUUCUGGCUGUGGGACUCUGUGAUGGAACCAUUAAAGUUUACAGUACAGAUAACGGCAGUCUAGUGAAGACCCUGAAAGAUAGUGAGAUCAUUCUCUCCCCUAUUCCUGUCACUGCCCUGCAAUUCUUUCACAGCAUUCGAGCACACAGCCUCCUGCUGGCCACUUAUGCCAGUGGGGUUGUACGGUGCUGGUAUGUGUGGGGACAAGAAUGCAUAUGGAGCCUGAAUGAGGUGGGAGAGAGCAGUGGAAGGGAAGAGGGUCAGAGACAGACCCUCUCUAUGUCCAUCUCUUCCUCGGGUGAGAUAGCAGCUACUGGGGGCUCAGAUUCUGUAGUACAUCUUUACGACCUCCACACUCAGCAGAGAGUGCUCACUUGCAGUGCCAGUGCAAACAAAUCAAUUAUGGACGGACAUCGAUUUCGCAUUUUCGCUGUGAAUUUUCACCCAGAGAGAGAGAGAGAGUUCAUUUCUGGGGGCUGGGACAACAGCAUACAGUUUUGGGAUACCAGACAGCAGCACUCUGUCAGGAUGUUGUUGGGCCCUCAUGUAUGUGGGGACUCUUUGCAGAUUAAUCCUGUGACCAAUCAAAUUCUGUCUGGAUCCUGGAGAAAAGAUAAGGCAUUAGAGAUUUUUGAUUAUGAUUCGUGCCAGAAAAUAUCAGAGGGACCUAAUGACCCCCAUGGACAGAGCAGAAUAUACACAUGUCACUGGCUGGACCAGGACCACAUUUUGGCAGGUGGCAGCCAGUCAAACAUGCUGAGAGUCAUUGACCAUCAAACGUUGUUGUCUGUUGCUAGACUGAUUGGUCUGCCCUCAGCAGUAUUCAGUUCCUGUAUCUGUCCUGGGGGAAGGUGGAUGGGAUUAAUUGCAGCCUCUUCAGGGAAAAGAAUCUUCCUAUUGAAACGGGGCUGCCUCCAGAAGUGAAGAAAAGUGAAGCAUAGAAAGUACACUUGUGCUUGGUGGAAUUGAUGUUGUUAAAAUAUUAGUUGAAGAAAAAAAGUGGAAUGUUGUGCCAGAUAUGUUAAUAUUUUGGUUUUCACAGAAGAAAAAUACUUUUGCAUGUAAAAUCUGUAUUUUAAUGGCAAACUGCUUGAGCCCAGAAUGUGAUCACAACCCCCAACAUGAUAAUUAAUUCUGUAUCAAAUUGUGAGCAGGAGGUACUGUUCUCCACACUCUUCAAGAAGGUUUUGAAUUACAAAUGAGUUAAACAUAUCUAUCCAUCGCAAAUAAUGAAAAAAACAAUGUGCAUAGACAUAUUGGACCAAUGUGGAUCUGUUACUGUUAACAACAUUUUCUGCCACAAAUCCAUGAUUAUUUGGUAAUAUUGCAUUUAUUUUAAUUGUUUAUGCUAUGUACAGUGAUUUUAAUGCUACAAGGUCUUUUGUAUACACUACUUCCAUGUCCUUAUGGUUGCAUAAGUUUGUAAGUAGCUGCAUUGCACUGACCCACUCGUUUGCUUCCUCUAUUUUUCCAAUUUGGCUGUCUCAGUAUAAAUUCAGCUAAGCUCACCAUUUGCUUGUUGGGAAACUACAUUAAAUAUAGGCAAACAAACAGCAUGUAACAAAUGUAAAGCCAACAAAAUCUCAUUUUGCAGUUAAGUUACACAUGUGAAAGUGGUAGGUCAUAACUCUGAUGCUGUAUGUGGAGUACACUCAAGGUGUGUACUCCACAUACAAUUUUGUACAAUUUUUCUGUUUAAUAGAAUACUUGGAGACUUUAGAUUUUCUGUUUUGUGCAUCAGUUCUGUAUAAGGAAAUCAAUUUAUAAACGUGGCUCUUGGAAUAUGCUACAAAAGUAGUUUCAGUUCAUUUAUUAACUGAUGUUCAGUGAGAUUUACAAAACGUUGGUAUUUUGUUAAAUUGUUUGUAGGGAGCUUAGCUCUCAAGUAAAACACAUUCAGGGAAUCUGUUUGGUAAGUCAUUAGUUAUUUUUAUUUUUAAUUGAAAAUAUUUUUGCCCAUUGUAGAUGGUACGAAGGUUUUUGAAUUUUAAGUAUAUGUGUAUUCGCUUUAUUUUUAGAGUAAACAUACUCUUACAAGUGGUUUUAUGUUGUUUUGUUUUCAGAUUUUUCAGUCCCAUGUUUCUCAGGUGUAAUAUACAGUACAGGCCAAAAGUAUUAGGCCACUUGUGGUUUAAAAAAAAAAAGAAGCAUUAGAGAGAAGCAUUUGAAUAACAAACCAGGGUACAAACUUUUUUUUUUUUUUCAAUUUCUACAUACAAUAACACAAAAAGAUUUGUCAUAUUCUUGGACAUGAUGAAUAGCCUCGUUUGGGCUAUAAUUACAAUGAAACAUUAUUGGAAGCCUAUCCAGUCAUUUUGGUAAAUGGGAGGUGGAGAGGUGGGAGUGGUAGUUAAAUUGACUGAAAUCUUAUCUACAUUAAUUUUUUUAAAGCCGCAGGUAGCCUAAUACCUUUGGCCUGUAAUGUGAUGGUAAAUGGUAAAUGGACUGCAUUUAUAUAGCGCUUUUAUCCAAAGCGCUUUACAAUUGAUGCCUCUCAUUCGCCAGAGCAGUUAGUGGUUAGGGGUUAGGUGUCUUGCUCAAGGACACUUCGACAUGCCCAGGGCGGGGUUUGAACCGGCAACCCUCCGACUGCCAGACAAUCGGUCUUACCUCCUGAGCUAUGUCGCCCCGUAAUAAGUAAUGUAAGUAAAAUAGGAACUGGAGUUUCUAGAAAUAUGGAAAAGAAGGAGGAGGUAGGUUAUGAUGUGCAGAGCCAAGUAAAGAUAUUGCAACAAGGUUAUUCUCUGGGGGAAAUUGCUAAGACGUUUUUCCAGGUGCUGUGUUCAAUACAGACUCAGAAGUGUCCAGCUGAUGGACACAACUGUUAAGAGGAGAGGACCAUGAAGAAGAAGGUUAACAUCACAGGCUGAAGACAAAUAUCUAGUGGUGUCUAAACAAAAUAACUGCACCACAACUACUGGAAGAACUCAAUGCAACUAGAGAAACCAGUGUCUCUGACUACAGAGAAACGGUAACUGCGGUCUGCUGAUAUAAAAGGAUGUGUAUCUGCCUUUUCCCAAUCUUUCUUGGUCCAGUGUUGAUGGUGCUUGGUCCAUUGGAGUCUUUUCUUUUUGUUAACAGCAGACACACAUCCUUUUAGACCAGUAUAGUCACAAUUUCAUUGUAGUCAGUUAUCUCUAGUUGCACUGAGUUCGCCCUGUAGUUGUACAGUUUUAUGGUGGUUUCUUUUUCUAGACAACACAAGAUAUGUGUCUUCUGCCACUUGAUUUUUCUGGUCUUCUCCAGUUAACAUUAUUACCCAAAAGCUGACCCCUUCUGAGUGUGUACUCCGCACUGCACCUGAAAAUCUCAAGCUUUGCAAUUUCUCACUCGAAAGAAUAUUUGUGUCACAAUAUGUUUACUUGGCCCCACACAUCUAAGCCUAACUCCUUCUUAUUUGCCAUAUUUACUGCAACUGUAAUGGCUAUUUUACUUGUACUAUUAGCUUGUACUAAAGGCAUUAGGAUAGCUGUGUUUUUUUUUUUUUUUUAAACUUAAGGUAGGUAAGAUUCUAUUCAAUUUCAUUACCCCUCCACCCUUCCACCUCCCACUUUGAAAAAUGAUUGGAUAGACUUCCAAUAAAUUAAUUCGAAUUAAAGCCAAAGGACGCUAUAUUGAGGGAAAUAAUGUCUAAGAUUAUUUUAAAGAAAAAAUUCAUCUUUUUGUGUUAUUGUAGGUAGAAAUUGAAAAAGAAUUGUACUUUGGUUUGCUAUUCAAUGAAUUUGCAUGUUAACUUAAUUCUUCUCUAAAGGUUAAAAAAAACAUAGGUGGCCAACUAUUUUUGGCCAGUACUAUAUGUUAAAAUUAUUUAACCAAUGGCAAAUGGAACAUAAAGAUCAUAUCUAAAAACAGAGCUCAUCAACAUCUACAUAGCCAAUCCUA